UGAUGAUGUACCUGGCGUGGUAUCACUCGACAGCAUCGCUUCUGCAAUCUCCUAUACCUUCUUUAACCAUGUAGUUGCUGACGCAAAAGCAACAUCAACAUCAACUACCGCAGAAGUAGCUAUCAAAUCGCUUUUAGUUGAGGCAGGGUGGCCUAGCUCGCUUACGGAAACCGAGAUUUUCGAUAACGGACCAUUGUUUUGCGGACAAAGAGUUGGGAUCUUGCCAGAGGAAGCAGAAGAAGAAGACGGACUUUACAAGAUGAACAGCAUCAGAGACUCUAGAGAAUUUAGUCAUGUCGUAGCAGAAGGAACCGUAUUGUCGUACGAUACAGAGAGGCGUUUAUACAACGUUCGUGUCGCCGCAACUAGUACAACUUCCUCCUCGUCCUUCCCUCACAACGACUCCUCUGGCAAGUUCUCUGGUGUAAUAUGGAACUCCGAAAUUCGCAACAUCCCUGCCGAUCGGCUGUGCGCCUUCUAUCCGAAAACACUUGGCGCUAGAUAUUGUCUGCACGAAUUUCCGCAAAAUCCUAAGGCUGUUUUUGUCGAGGGUUGUUCCGGUAGUGCGAAUGCGAGUUUGUGCAAUGGGGUGUUUUCACCAAUAAUAGUGAUGAUGAAGAAGAAUGAUUAUAAGAC